GAACUUCAAUGUUCGUCUCCCGAAGCUAUCAUUGUAUACCAACACACCCAAUCUAAAAUUCUUGUAUCUCCACAAUAUCCACGCCGCCCGUCGCCACCGCUGCUGCUGCUGCACGGAUUAAUCUCAGGCCUCUCACCUCGGGAUUCAGUCACACUCUCCCCCAUGGAGUAUCUCAUCUACCCGGGCGGGCCGUGCUUUACAGGUUCCGAGGCCCAGAAACUUGCCCAACGGGCUGGCGUGAGAGAAAUAAAUGGGAUUUGGAUAUACUACUGUCACCUCAAAACUGCCAGCACGGAGAGUGAAGCCCAGAUAUCAGAGCUCCUUCCUGUCUCUGGCAAAUCGCUUGAUCAGGUUCUCCGGGACCACAGCAGUGCUUCCUUGACUUAUUUUGCCAGCCCCAGGUACCUAUCGCCAUGGAGUUCGAAAGCCACGAGCAUUGCACAAGUUUGCGGACUCCAAAACGUGGAGAGGAUCGAGCGAGGACGAUUCCUUGCGGUCGAAUUUGAUCCAGUGGCUGGCCGAGGUAACAAUUGGAAAAACUUCCUCUACGACCGAAUGACAGAGAAUCUAAACGAGGGCAUUCCGGCGCUGGACAAAAUGUUUGCCCGAGAAAAAUCGAUUCCCCUUGAGGUUAUUGAUUUAUCCAGCGCCACGAAUUCCUUGGAUAUCCUAAAGGCAUACAACGCUCAACGAGGACUUGCACUAGAUGAGCAAGAAAUGGAAUACCUUGUCCAAGCCUACAAGCAAUUGGGUCGAUCACCUCGUGACAUUGAAUUAUUUAUGUUUGCGCAAGUCAAUUCCGAACAUUGUAGACACAAACAAUUCAAUGCCAAAUGGACCAUUAAUGGCACCGUUAUGGAGAGAAGUCUCUUUGACAUGAUUAGAAAUACACACAAGCAAAAUCCAGAAUAUACUGUCUCUGCCUACAGCGACAAUGCCGCCGUUCUCGAGGGUCAAGUUGCAAGCUUUUGGGCUCCAGAUUAUACUACGGGAAGCUGGAAACAAACAAAAGAAAUGGUUCACUUACUCGCCAAAGUAGAAACCCACAACCAUCCCACAGCAAUAUCACCAUUUCCCGGCGCAGCAACUGGCUCUGGGGGUGAGAUUAGGGAUGAAGGUGCCGUAGGAAGAGGAUCAACGCCUAAAGCAGGGCUCUGCGGUUUCUGGGUCUCUGACUUAUUCAUUCCUACGCACCACCAACCAUGGGAAAUGGACAUUGGGAAGCCUGCCCAUUACGCUAGCAGUUUAGAAAUUAUGUUGGAAGCUCCAAUCGGUAGCGCAAGGUUUAAUAAUGAAUUUGGUCGACCCUGCUUAACCGGCUGCUUUCGAACCUUGUUGACUAGUAUCGAGCUUACGCCAGGUAACCGAGACAUUCGUGGUUUUCACAAACCGAUCAUGAUAGCCGGUGGAAUUGGCACCGUUAGGCCUCAGCACGCUCUCAAGGAUAGUGCAUUUGUUAAAGAGGGAGCUCAUGUCAUAGUCCUUGGUGGUCCCGCAAUGCUUAUUGGACUAGGAGGUGGUGCUGCUUCCAGUAAUGAUUCUGGAGAGAAAUCUGUAGAACUUGACUUCGACAGUGUUCAGCGGGGAAAUCCGGAAAUGGAACGAAGAGCCCAAAUGGUCAUCAAUGCCUGCAUCGCUUUGGGCGAGAAGAAUCCUAUAGCCUUUAUCCACGACGUCGGCGCCGGAGGUCUCUCGAAUGCCCUUCCUGAGCUCGUAAAAGAUGCAGGAUACGGUGGAAAUUUUGAGUUGAGACAAAUUGACGUAGCUGAUAGUAGUAUGAGUCCCCUUCAAGUUUGGUGCUGUGAGGCACAGGAGAGGUAUGUCUUGAUUGUUAACAAGGACGCACUAAACUGCUUCACUGGGAUUGCCCAGCGGGAGCGAUGUGGGUUCUCCAAUGUUGGCACUGUCUCAGCUAAGGAUAAAAAUGGAGCUUCAGAUCUGAUUGUCACGGAUCGAGACUCGACCGAAUUCCCGCGUCCAGUUGACUUGCCAAUGUCACUUAUUUUUCCCAAAGAUAGAAAACUCGAACGAGUUGUCGAGUCCAUGAAACCAGCUCUCCAUCCAUUCCACCCAGUAGAGGCUCUUCAGAAGGCCUACCCUAAUCUGACUGAAAAUGAAUUAUUGCGUAAAGCUAUCCAAAGAGUUUUUAGUUUGCCCGCGGUUGGCUCCAAAUUAUUUCUAAUCACGAUUGGAGAUCGCACAGUUGGGGGUUUGACAGUACGAGACCAGCUAGUUGGUCCUUGGCAAACACCUGUUGCAGACGUUGCAGUGACUUUAUCCUCACUCAAUUGUGGCGAUAAAAUAAGGACGGGAGAGGCUAUGAGUAUGGGUGAAAAACCUACAUUAGCAUUAAUCUCGCCAACAGCCUCGUCAAAGAUGGCCGUCGCCGAGAGCCUAAUGAACUUGGCUGCUGCUCAUAUUUUAGGCGGUUUACCACGUGUUCGACUUUCUGCAAACUGGAUGGCAGCCAUCAAUCAUGCUGGGGAAGGUGCAUCGCUAUACGAGGCAGUUCAUGCUAUUGGUAUGGAUUUAUGUCCACAGCUAGGCAUUAGCAUUCCCGUCGGCAAAGAUUCCACCUCAAUGAAAACUGCCUGGAGAGAUCCGGAAUCAGGAGAAUCAAAGAGCGUAACUGCACCGACAACCGUUGUAAUUUCAGCAUUUGUACCAGUAAUCGACGUAAGGAAUACUUGGACACCCACCCUGCAGCGCUUUGAGAAUUUCGGAGAGACAAUUUUGAUGUACGUCGAUCUAGGUGUAGGAAAUAAGGCCUUAGGAGGCUCCGCGCUAGCUCAAGCUUUUGGCCAGCUUGGGGAUGAGGCGCCUGACGUGAGAGAUGCGGACCUUAUCGUUGAUUAUUACGAUGCCAUUUCCCAAUUACACGAGACCGAUAUUGUACUAGCCUAUCAUGAUAUUUCGGAUGGUGGUAUGGUUACAACUAUCGCAGAGAUGAUGUUUGCCGGUCGUUGUGGUGCAGAAAUAAUAAUUGACGAAUUGACAAAAAGUGAAUCACUUGAACAUGUCCUAGAGACACUUUUUACAGAAGAGCUUGGUGCUAUAUUCCAAAUCCGUAGGUCGGACGAGGUUAAUUUUAAUCGCUGUUUCGCUACUUGUGGCCCACCAUCGGGGCUUAUUCGGAAAAUUGGCCGCGUUCCACCUGUAAAGAAUCAAAAUCUUUCCAUCAUUUUCGAUCAAAAGCCCCUCUUGGAGAUGAGCCGUUCUGAAUUGCAACAGAUUUGGUCUACUACUUCCUACCAAAUGCAACGUCUCCGAGAUAAUGUCAAAUGUGCAGAUGAAGAAUUCGAAAAUAUCCUGGAUGAUACUGAUCCAGGGCUUUCAUAUCAUUUGAAGUUUGAUCCCAAUGAUACAGUGAUUCCUAUUAGGUCAACCUUGACUUCGGUAUUCACAAAACUCCCAAAAGUGGCAAUUCUGAGGGAGCAGGGCGUUAAUGGUCACGCCGAGAUGGCUUUUGCAUUUAGAGCUGCUGGCUUUGAUGCCAUUGAUGUUCAUAUGAGUGAUCUCAUCGGCACUCGAUCACUUUCGGAGUUUGUUGGUAUCGCCGCAUGCGGAGGAUUUUCCUAUGGAGAUGUCUUGGGUGCCGGGGAAGGCUGGGCCAGAUCAAUUCUAAUGCACACGAAAAACGCACGUCCGGAAUUUGAGAAAUUCUUCCAACGCCCCGAUACCUUUGUUUUGGGAGUAUGUAAUGGCUGCCAAAUGUUGACGCGUAUCAAAGAGUUAAUCCCCGGCACCGAUCAUUGGCCGCUCUUCCUGCAAAAUGAGAGUCGACAAUUCGAGGCACGCGCAAGCAUGGUCAAGAUUCAAGACGAUAGCAAGACGCCGUCUGUCUUUCUACAUGGAAUGAACGGCUCUAGCUUGCCCAUUGCUGUUUCCCACGGCGAAGGCCGAGCGUCAUUCUCCCACCAGCAGGAUCUGGCGGCAUUGAAUGAGAAUGGCUUGCUUCCACUGCGCUACGUUGAUAAUAGGAAUAGGGUAACGAUGCGUUACCCGUUCAAUCCAAAUGGUAGUCCUGAGGGGAUUGCGGGGGUUAGGAGUCUAGACGGUCGCGUCCUCGCCAUGAUGCCACACCCGGAACGAACCAUCAUGGCGGCCGUAGGAAGCUAUAUACCAAAAUCAAUGGUCAAGGAUUCCGAUGAGUAUGGGCCGUGGCUGCGAAUGUUCCGCAGCGCACGGAGGUGGGUGGGCUGA